AACAAAACAGAAAGAAAAUUGUGUGGAUAUUAGUUUUACUGAUUUUUAAUAGUAACUAGUAACUUUUACUUUGUGCUCCUAGUAAGAGAAGGCUGAAGCUAGUUGUCUUCUUUUUUUUCCUUGCUGUAGGCAGAUCAAAUGUAUAAAAUUUGGGAUUUGUGUGGAUCUGCUAAUGAAUUCAACUGGCCUGGGGUUUCCAAGUAGCCGAAGUAUGAUGAAUUCAAGCCACCAAAGCCAAUGAAGAGAUGUGUUAGGGAGGUUUUGAGUGAUCUUGACCCCUAUGCUUUGGAGUUACUGGACAGAAUGCUGACUCUUGAUCCAUCUAAGAACUGCUUGUGUUUGAAACAUUCCAUACGAUUCUAUGCAGAGGAUACGGCGAAAGAAGCACUUGAAGAGGCUUAUUUCUCUACUGAUCCUCCUCCAAGCGAUCCCAAGAGCUUACCAAAAUAUGAAUCCUCGCACGGGUCAUGGGUUCUGUCUGGCAAAGAUUCCAGUGAUGGUGGGCCCCACCCGGAUCACAGAGUUCAAGGGAGAGGAAGAUGCACCAGCAGCCCAUGCACAUCACAGGGGCAUGUCCUACCAACUGAUGCAAGCAGUACACAUGAUGCCAGUCCUGGAGCGGUUGGUGACAGUUAUGGAGUCAAUGCUCAGCCAGCACCAAGGUAGUCCGGACAGUCUUUGAUCUAUUCCUCAUGGUGGGUGAAAUGUUGGAUGGUCAAGAUUGAGGUGCAUAAGUGGCUUUUAUGCAUAAUUGAGACAGGAUUUUCUGCUAUAAUAUGUUUACAAAGGUUUGUUAUUUGUUUCAUUCAUGGGAGGAAAAUAAAGACGU